UGGAACAAGAAUGAUGACCGGCUGCUGCAGGCCGUGGAGAAUGGGGACGCGGAGAAGGUGGCCUCGCUGCUGGGCAAGAAGGGGGCCAGCGCCACCAAGCAGGACAGCGAGGGCAAGACCGCGUUUCAUCUUGCUGCUUCAAAGGGACAUGUGGAAUGCCUCAGGGUCAUGGUCACCCAUGGUGUGGACGUGACAGCCCAAGAUCCUGCAGGACACAGCGCCCUGCACCUCGCAGCCAAGAACGGCCACCCUGAGUGCAUCAGGAAGCUCCUUCAGUCUAAAUGCUCAGCGGAGAGCACUGACGGCUCUGGGAAAACAGCUUUACAUUAUGCAGCGGCCCAGGGCUGUCUUCAGGCCGUGCAGGUUCUCUGUGAGCACAGGAGCCCUGUCAACACCAAGGACUUGGAUGGAAAUAUACCACUGCUUCUUGCAAUACAGAAUGGCCACAGUGAGGUCUGCCACUUUCUCCUGGACCAUGGGGCAGAUGCCAAUUCCAGGGACAGAAAUGGAAGAUCUGCUCUCAUGCUAGCCUGUGAAGUUGGCAGCUCUAAUGCUGUGGAAGCCUUAAUUAAAAAGGGUGCAGAUUUAAAACUUGUCGAUUCUCUUGGACACAAUGCCUUACAUUAUUCCAAACUCUCAGAAAAUGCAGGAAUUCAAAGCCUUCUAUUAUCAAAGAUCUCUCAGGAUGCUGAUUUAAAGAUAACGACAAAACCAAAGCAGUUGAGUGAUGUGUCUUCCCCAAGAUCAAUAACAUCAACACCCCUUUCUGGAAAGGAAUCAGUAUUUUUUACUGAACCGCCCUUCAAGGCUGAGAUCAGUUCUAUCCAGGAAAACAAAGACAGACUUAGUGACAGUACUGCAGGUGCGGAUAGCUUAUUGGAUAUAAGUUCAGAGGCUGACCAACAAGAUCUUCUUGUCCUGUUACAAGCCAAGGUUGCUUCUCUUACUUUACACAAUAAGGAGUUGCAAGAUAAAUUACAGGCUAAAACACCCAAGGAGGCAGAUGCAGACCUCAGCCUUGACUCUUACCACUCCACCCAAACUGACAUGCCUCCGUCCCUGGGCAAGUCUGGCCAGACCUCUCCCUCAGACGGUAGAUCAUCUCCCCCUGUUUCAGCAGAUUCCUUGGAGAAAUCCACUCCCAGCAGCGAGGUCAGAAUUCAGCAACUGCAGGAGACUUUGCAGGACUUGCAGAAGCGUUUGGAGAGCUCGGAAGCAGAAAAGAAACAGCUCCAGACUGCGCUGCAGUCCAGAGGGACCGAGCCAGCAUGCUUCAACCACGCAGAGAUGGCUGAGAACGGCUCCGACCUCAGCCAGAAACUCAAAGAGACGCAGAGCAAGUAUGAGGAAGCCAUGAAGGAGGUCCUUAGUGUCCAGAAGCAGAUGACACUGGGCCUCGUCUCACCAGAGGGCACAGGCAGUCGUUCACAUCUCCCCGAGCUGACAAUCACCGAGGAGGAAGUGGGGGUGCUCAAGAAGGAUCUCCAGGAAGCUUUGGAAGAAAGCGAAAGGAAUAAAGAGAAAGUGAGAGAAUUAGAGGGAAAACUGGAAGAGAGGGAGAAAGCAGGGGCCGCCAAGCCACCUGCCGAAGAGUAUGAGGAGAUGAAGACUUCGUAUUGUGCUGUUAUUGAGAAUCUGAAUAAGGAGAAGUCGUUUCUGUUUGGGAGAUACCAAGAAGCCCAGGAUGAGAUCAUGAAACUGAAAGAUACGUUAAAAAGUCAGAUGGCUCAGGAAGCCAGUGACGAAGCCGGGGACAUGAAGGAGGCCAUGAACCGGAUGAUCGAUGAGCUCAACAAGCAGGUCAGCGAGCUGUCACAGCUCUACAAGGAGGCUCAGGCCGAGCUGGAGCAAUACCGGAAGAGGAAGUCUCUCAUAGACGUCACGGCCAACUACAUCCACAAAGCGGAGCACGAGAAGCUGCUGGAGGUGACCAACGUGUCCAGGGCGAAGGCCGAAGAGUCCCUGUCGGAAAUGAAGUCUCAGUAUUGCAAAGUGUUGAACGAGUUGACCCAGCUCAAGCAACUGGUUGAUGCCCAAAAGGAGAACUCGGUUUCCAUCACAGAACAUUUGCAAGUCAUAACAACCCUGCGGACUGCUGCAAAAGAGAUGGAGGAAAAAAUCAGCAGUCUGAAAGAGCUCCUCGCCAGCAAGGAGGUGGAGGUGGCCAGGCUGGAGAAACAGCUCUUAGAAGAGAAGGCAGCCAUGACCGACGCCAUGGUGCCCAGGGCCUCGUAUGAAAAGCUCCAGUCUUCAUUAGAGAGUGAAGUGAACGUGCUGGCUUCAAAACUCAAGGAUUCAGUAAGAGAGAGAGAGAAAGCCCAUUCAGAGGCUGCCCAGAGCAGAAGUGAAGUGUCACAGAUAAAAAGGGAAAAGGAAAACAUUCAGACUCUCUUGAAAUCCAAAGAACAAGAAGUCAGUGAACUUCUGCAGAAACUCCAGAAGUCUCAGGAAGACCUUGCAGAAAUGAAGCGGUCUUCCAUGAGCUCUACCAAGCUGGAGGAGGACAAAGAUAAGAAGAUAAAUGAAAUGACAAAAGAAGUCACCAAACUGAAGGAGGCCCUGAACAGCCUGUCCCAGCUCUCCUACUCGACAAGCUCCUCCAAGCGCCAGAGCCAGCAGCUGGAAACCCUGCAGCAGCAGGUCAAGCAGCUCCAGAACCAGCUGGCGGAAUGCAAGAAGCAACACCAGGAAGUCAUAUCCGUGUACAGAAUGCAUCUUCUGUAUGCUGUACAGGGCCAGAUGGAUGAAGAUGUCCAGAAAGUCCUGAAGCAAAUUCUUACCAUGUGUAAAAACCAAUCUCAGAAGAAGUAA